AUGAGCUGGGUAGUGGAGGAGUGGAAGGAUGGUCUUUCAGGUAAAGCCCUGCAGAAGAUACAAGAGAUUGAGGGACAGCUGGACAAGCUGAAGAAGGAGAGGACUCAGAAACAGUUCCAGCUCGACUCACUGGAGGCUGCUCUACAAAAACAGAAACAAAAGGUUGACAGUGAGAAGAGCGAGGCGUCUGCCAUUAAGAGGGAGAACCAGGCCUUAGUAGAGUCAUGUGACGCCGUGGAGAAGGCCCGUCAGAAGGCGACCCACGACCUGGGGGUCAAAGUGCAACAGGUCAGCAACCUGGAGGGUCAGCUCAGCACCAGCAAGAAGACCAUAGAACGACUGGAGCAGGAACUCAGGAAAUAUAAGAAUGAAAAGGACCGUUCGCAGCCCUCUCACUCCUCUGAUCUACAGUCCUACAGCACUCCUCAGAAGACCUUUGCCACUCCUGCUGCGACUCCCAGCUACAGGCAGCAUGACUCCAGACUGGAGGACCUUCAGGAGAGAUACAACCAGGAGGUGGAAGAGAGGAAGAGACUGGAAGCCGAACUGAAAAUCACACAGGUCAAAGUGAGUUGAAAUCUGUUGAACCAGUCGUCCGUCAGUCAUAAGGACAUUGCCACCCGGCAACAAGCAGGCUCCUCCAUAUUCCCAUGGCAACAGCAGGACAAGGGCCGCCAGUCCCAGGGCACCAUUGAAACACCCCUGGCUAGGCGGGCAGGGGGCGGGACAUCCGCUGGCGGCUUCCUGUGGAACACAGAGGAUACACCAAUCAAAUCCAUCCAGCGAAUCAGCACAUCUGUAUCCCAGUUUGAUUCUGAUGGCUCCUCCCAGCAGAUGGAACAGCUGAGGAUGCUGAAUCAAGAGCUGAAGAGUAAAGUGUCUGAGCUGGAGCAGCGUCUGCAGUCACAGGAGAAGGACGCGAGGAUGCAGAGCGGCAGGCUCCAGGAGCUCCAAGGCCAGCUGGACCAGGCUAGGAGAGACCUGACCGACAGAGACAGGACCCUGGGCAAGAGCAUAGAUGAACUUAGCAAGGCUACCACUCAGCACGAACAAGCUGUCGCCAAGUGUGUGUCAAUGGAGCAGAAAUUGAAACAGGUCUCUGAGGAGAUGUCCUGCCAGAGGCACAACGCUGAGAGCUGCAGACGAGCUCUGGAACAGAAGGUCAAGGACCAGGAGAAGGAGAGCCAGAAGGAGCUGUCCCACCUCCAGAGCAGCCACCACGCCUUAGAGCAGCAGUUUAACCAGACCAAGACCAAGCUGAACCAGGAGAUACAGCAAGCCAAGAAAGACCACAACAUCCUGCAGGCUGAGAUGGACAAGGUGUCAUGCCAGAGGAGCCAGCUGGAGAGAGACCAGGAGGAGCAGAAACAGAAGCUGCUGAGGUCAGAACAGAGCCAACAGGCCAGCCAAAACAAGGAGCAGGACCUCAGGAAGAAAUUUGAGGAGCUGCAGAGAGAGAAGAACAUUGUGAGCGCCCAGCUGGACCAAGGUAGCAAGAGGCUGUCUCAGCUGGAGGAGGAGAGGAAGACCUCCGAGCAGAACCUCAAACGCACCCAGAGCAUGCUGGAUGACUUCAGAGCCAAAAAUGAAGCUCAGUCCGAAGAGCUGAAAGGACUUGUCACUAAACUUGAAAGCCAGACCAGAUCGUCAGCCCAAGAUCUAGAGAACCUAAAGAAAACGCUCGCAGACGCAGAGACCAAGAAUGACAAGACUCAGAGUGAACUGAAUACCCAAAAACAGGAAGUGGAACAGAUCACAAACAAACACAGAGCUCUGGAGAAGGAGAUCCAGGAACUGAAGACAACCCUGACCACCACUCAGAGCGAGUUUGUGCAGCUGAAGAAGGAGUACGAGACACUUCAGGGAUGGAAAACGGAGAAGGAGACGCUCGUUAACGAGACUGAGGCUGUGCAGCAAGGCUUUGUCGACAAAAUCACUGAGCUGGAGAAGAGUCUGGGCUCGUUGAACGACGAUAACAGAGGUCUAAAGGAGCAGCUGAAGACUCUGGAGGCUGAGAAGGCUUGUCUAUCGGGGCAGAUUGACUCUCUGAAGGGAGAACUCCUCAACAAGUGUACCGACCUGGAGGAGAAGGGCUGCAUGUACGAAGAGCUUCAGAAACAGCUGGUGGAGUCUGACCAGAAACACUCAAAAAACCUGGAAACCGUUGGGUUGCAGGUGACCCAGCUCGAGGGACAAGUGAAGGACAUGGAGUCCAGGCUGCAGGUGGAGACUGGCAGGGCGAAGCGGGCCGAAAUGUUUCACACUGAGCUCCAGGAGCAGUACCAGGCGGCCUGCGACCUGGCCCGGUCCAAAGAUGCUCUGGUAGAGUUAGGCCAGAGCGAAGCAGCCCAGCUCAGGGAGAGCCUGGCUCAGACCACGGCCCUACAGGAGGAACAGCUGGCCAGGUUUACCCAGGAGAAGACCGCCCUCCUGAAGGAGUGUGAGGAAAGCGUAGCAUUGAAGGCAGACGAGGCUGAGCAGGCCAAGCUGAGUCUGGUUAAGAUUCAGCAGGAGCUGCCGUUCCUCCAGGACCAGGUGUCUUCACUGGAGUCCAACCUGAAGAUCCAGAAAAUUUUGGGUGUUAAACUACAGGCCAAGUAUGACAACAUUGUCAAUACUAAAGAGGAUAUUGUGCAGAAGCUUUCCGAGGCAGAAAAGAGAGGGGAAAAUCUUCAGGGUGAAGUCAAUAGCCUCUCAGAGCAGGCGAAAACUGUUGGCUCUCUACAGGAGCGCUGUGAUAAUCUGACGGCUGCGGCACAGGAGUCCAUGAGCGCUCUGCAGAACAUGACCGAGACCCUGACCCAGACUGAGACAGAGCUGCAGAAACUGAGAGACGUAGUUGAGAAACUAGAGGCUCAGGUGAACGAAGCUGAGACCAAGGCCUCAGAUCUUGAGAGGGAAAAGGCAGAGAUGGCAGAGAAAGUAGAGAAAAUCCAGAGGGAAGCUGAAGAGGUUUCUGUGAAGUAUCAAAGCCUUCAGGACUCCCAGGAAGAGGAGAGGAAUGGUUUGCUGAAGCAGAUCUCUACAUUGAAGGACAGACUCGCUGAGAAUAAUACUGCUUCCACCCAGCUGUCUUCUGACCUGAAUAACUCCCUGGAAGCUCUGCAGAAGACCCACUCGGCUGCCGUGGAGCUCAACUCCAACCUGGAGAGCAGCCUGGUGGAGAAAACAAACCUAAUCUCUUCUCAGGAGAUGCAAGUCAAAGAGCUCUCAGAGAGACUCCGUAAGGAAGCCGAGAGCCAUGUCACAGAGCUGGAGACUUACCUCCAGAAACAAAGAGGCCUGAAGGAGCAGCUUGAGAUUGUAAAGAGCCAGCUGGAGAGUAAAAGCCAGGAGGCAGCCGAGGCUAAGGAGAAAUGGGAGAGGGCCUCAUUAGAACUGUCUAAGCUGAGAGAAGAUUUGUCUUCUGCCAGAAACGGUGUCGAUGAGAAAGACCGUAAGAUUAAGAGUCUGAAAGAGAGGUUGAACCAGGCUGAGUCUGAACAAGACAAAGCUACCGACGCCCUGAAAGAGAAGGUCAUCAGCAUGAACAAGAUCAAGGUCCAGCUGGAGAUGCUUCAGAUGGACCUGGAGGACAACGAGGCCUGCAUGAACACCUUUGACACCCAGAUAGAGGAGCUUAAAGGAACUGUGGAGGAACUCAGAGGAACCGUGGCCUCUCUGAACGGGAGACUGGAGGAGAGCGCAACGCAAAGGGGCACCUUGGAGACCGAGCUGGGCUCUGUCAAAGAGCAGCUGUCAGAGAAGAGCUGUGAAGUUACCCAGAUGACAGCAACUCUUGAAGACACUCGCCAGCAGAUGCAGGCUGCCUUGUCCACAGCAGGUUUAGUGGAAUCACUCCAGGCCACUGUUGAUGGGCUGAUGGAGACCCUGGAGGAGGAGGUUAGAAAACACGGCCAACUGGAGAUGGACAUCAUUCAGCUCACUGUGGAGAAGGAGCAGUUGACUGUGGAGAAGGAGCAGUUGACUGUGGAGAAGGAGCAGUUGACUGUGGAGAAGGAGCAGUUGACUGUGGAGAGGGAGCAGUUGACUGUGGAGAAGGAGCAGUUGACUGUGGAGAAGGAGCAGUUGACUGUGGCGAGGGAGCAGUUGACUGUGGCGAGGGAGCAGUUGACUGUGGAGAGGGAGCAGUUGACUGUGGAGAGGGAGCAGUUGACUGUGGAGAGGGAGCAGUUGACUGUGGAGAGGGAGGAGUUGACUGUGGAGAGGGAGCAGUUGACUGUGGAGAGGGAGCAGUUGACUGUGGAGAAGGAGCAGUUGACUGUGGAGAAGGAGCAGUUGACUGUGGAGAAGGAGCAGUUGACUGUGGCGAGGGAGCAGUUGACUGUGGCGAGGGAGCAGUUGACUGUGGCGAGGGAGCAGUUGACUGUGGCGAGGGAGCAGUUGACUGUGGAGAGGGAGCAGUUGACUGUGGAGAGGGAGCAGUUGACUGUGGAGAGGGAGCAGUUGACUGUGGAGAGGGAGCAGUUGACUGUGGAGAGGGAGCAGUUGACUGUGGAGAAGGAGCAGUUGACUGUGGAGAGGGAGCAGUUGACUGUGGAGAGGGAGCAGUUGACUGUGGAGAGGGAGCAGUUGACUGUGGAGAAGGAGCAACUUGAGGCUGACUUGCAGAGGCACAGUCUGAACGCUGGGGAUGAGAGGGAUGCGGUCAAACAGGAGAACGAGUGUCUCCAGCGUACGUUACAGAGCCUGGCGGAGAACUACGAGGCUGUUCAGUCUGCGUUUGAGAGAGCGACCCGGCAGAGCGAGGACGAGGCCAGAGAGAGGAUCGGAACGUUUGAGAGGGAACAAACCGAGCUCCAGCAGAGACUGAGCGGACUGCAGGGUGAACUAGCCCUGUUCAAGGAACACUAUGACAGCCUGAUGACUCAGGCAAGCCAGCAGCAGUCUCUCAUAGAGCAGCUUCAGACCAAGAGAGACCAGAAGGUCUCUACAGGAGAGGCGGACGGACCGACUUCCAGACAGACGUCAGGCUCCUUCUUCAACGUCAGCUUACCCGUAAAAGAAGAUACCGUGGAGAUGAAACCAACAGCUGAGCAAUCAGAUGACCUCCACAACUCUGAGGUACCUCUACAGGCAGGAAGUGACGGCAACGAUGAGCCAGCUGUAGAGUUCAGUGACUGCAUGGAUAAAGUCCCUGUAGAGCAGCAGAUAGCGCUCAGUGAAAGCCUAGAUAAUGAUGAUGUGACCCUCAGAGGUGAACAUCCAGCAGUCUCUGAAACUCCCCGUGACCAGGACCAGCUGGCCCUGAGCAGGGAGGCGCUCAGAAAGCUAGAGGAGGAGCUACAGACCCUCCACUCCCAGCUUGAUCUCGCUACCUCUGAGAUGACCCUCAGGAAGGAGCUGUGCUCUGAGUUGGAGGUCAAAGUUGAAGAGUUAGAGGGGAAGGUCCAACAGAUGGAGGAGGAGAGGUGUGGUGCCGCAGAGAAGAUUAGCGCUGCCAUAGUGGAGAGACGGACGCUAGGUGACCAGAUCUCAGAGUUGACAGAGGAGUCAGAGUCCCUGAGACUGGCCCUGCAGACCUCUAAAUGUCAGCUCUCUGAUGUCAUGGAGAUGCUGGAGACGCUGGAGCUGGCCAAAGGUGGUUGGAGCGAGAGGUUCUUCCAGGUGGAAAGCGAACUGAAGAGGGUUCGUUCUGAGAAGGCCAAUCUGGAGAAACACAUCCUCUCCAUGGAGGCUGAUUUGGAGUGCCUGACAGAGCAGAAAGUCACGCUGGAGAGGGAGAUGGAGGCUAGCCGCAAAGCUAAAUGUGACCUGGCCCAGCAGCUUGCCACCCUCACCUCAGAGAACGGACAACUCAGACAGGAGCUAGUGUCCUGCAGCGAGGAUAGAGAUGAGCUGGAACAGUCAGUGGCACAGUGGAAGGAUAAGGCAGAGAGUCUGGAGAAGACAAACGUGGAUACUAGAGAGGUUAUUAAGAUCUUAGAGGAAGAUAUCAGAAAUGGGAAGAGGGAAUCUGAUGUGACGUCCGCUAACCUGGAGAGUCUGCAGAAGGAGAGAGGUCAGCUGGUGCUGCAGUGUCAGACGCUAGAGAAGACCAUCACCCUGCAGAGCGGGGAGAAGGACAACCUGAUUAACCAACUGAACAGCUUCAAAGAUAACCAGAGCUCUGCGAGCAGAGACACUGAGUCCAUGGCCUCUAAGAUCCAGUCUCUGGAAGGGGAGAUAUCUAGACUAGCCCAGUCUCUGGAGUCUUCUCUGCUAGAGAAAGGAGAGAUAGCCUCACGCCUCAACUCAACCCAGGAGGAGGUGGCCCAAAUGAGGUCGGGCAUCGAGAGGCUCCAGGUCCGCAUAGAGUCCGACGAGAGAAAGAAAAAACACAUGAGCGAACUGCUGAAGGCUGCCCGGAGGAAAGCUGAUGCUCUUCAGGACCAGAUAGACAAACAGGAGAGGGAGAGGGAAGACGCUGACCAAAACCUAGAGGAGGCUGUGCUUCAGGCUGAGACGGCCAUGGCCCAACUGGAAGAGUUGGAGGAAGAGAAGAAGGAACUGGCCAGGAAGAUUGAGGAGAUGACCGCCAAACUGGACAGCCUGAGAAAUGAGAAGGAGAGGCUUGAGAGAGCGCUCUCCCUGAAGAACGCAGAGAUUGAGGAGCUGAAGGCAGCAAACCGAGCUGCCACUGAGGAACUGGAGAGAGGGAUGAGAGAGGCGGAGGACAAACAGAGGGCAAUGGUGGAAGAGUUACAGGCCCAGCUUGGCUCUGUGAGCUCUGAGCUGCAGAAAUGCAGAGAAGACCUGGGGGGAGAGAAGGAGAGAAGGCGGUCUCUAACGGAGGAAUGGGAGAAAGAGUGCGAGAGGCUGCAGUACUUAGUAGGUGAAUGGAAGACUGAGGGGGAGAGGCUGAAGAAAGAGGUGGAUCGACUGCAGGCUUUGGAGGUCGAGCGGCAGAAGGAGAGAGAGUUGCUGACUCUGAGACUGCAGGAGGACCUGGAGGCACAGCAGAACGAGAUGGGGGACAUCAGAGAGAACAACAACACCCUGCAGCAAGAGAUGGAGAAGCUGCAGGCGCUACUGUCGGAGUGGGAGCAGAAAGAACAGGCUCAGUCUGCAGAGAGACUAGAACUACAGCAGCAGGCAGAAAGCUACAAGUUAUCCCUGGAGGAGGUUACCUCAGAGAAGGAGGUGCUGAAGGCACAGCAGGAGGAGGAGGUGGCAGCCCUUAGGGGUGAGCUGACCUCGGAGCAGGAGGUGCUGAGGGGACAGUUGGCUGCAGCGGAGGAGGAGGUCAGAGGUCAUCUGUCAGAGCUGAGCAGCCUGAGAACCAGAAUGGAGGAGCUCAGCACUACCAUCACACAGCAGGACAGCAGCAAACAGGUGUCUGAGCUGAGCUCCAGAGUGGCCCGUCUGUCUAAGGAGAGGGACUCAGCCCUCAGUAAGGUUAACCUGUGGAUGAACUCCUGUAAACAGCUGGAGAAGGAGAGGGAGGCUCUUGUACUGGAGACCCAGCAACUACAGGCCAGCCAGACACCAGCUAGUGAAGAGAGCAGUGAUGAGGCACAGAAGAGGAGCAUUGAGGAGGUGCAGACUGAACUCAAAGAGUUGAAGAAAGCUCUAGAGGAGAGGAGUGAGGAGGCACAGGUGCUCAGCAAGACUCUAGCAGAGAGAAGCAGGGAGUUGGGGGUGCAGAAGAGGAGCAGUGAGGCUGAACUGGAGGAGCUUACUGCAGCCUUGGAGGAGAGGAGCAGGGAGGCGGACGAGAGCAUGGAUAAAUACUGCAGCCUGAUGGUCCGUGUCCACAAGCUGGAGGAGACCAACGACACGCUGGAAACACGUCUGGAGCGCUUUGUCACGCAAACCACUAGCAGCACGGCUAACAAUGCUAGCAGCACGGCUAACAAUGCUAGCAACACGGCUAACAAUGCUAGCAACAACACACCCAGGAGAAAGUCAGGCAGGAGGUCAGCCGCCAGGGUACAGGAACCACUCAUACCGUCGUGUCCCGCAAAGAUGGACUCUGAGAACACGGUGCCUGCUGGUCAGGGUCAGGGUUCGUUGGGGAAGAGGGGUUGUGGUGCGCUAGCAGCUAGCGACAACAGCAACACUCCAUUUAAAGCACAGGAGGCCCUGCUGAACACUGCCAAGAGGAUCAAAGCAACAGCAACCACGCCCAAACCAGGAAGUAGACAGGAAGAGGAGGAGUUUAGGCCAGAGGGACUUCCUGAGCUGGUGCAGAGAGGGUUUGCUGAUAUCCCUCUAGGAGAGGCCAGUCCCUUCAUCAUGAGGAGAACCGCAGUGCAGCGAUGUAGCCCUCGUCUGGCCGCCGCACGACACACUGCCACCACCCCCUCUGUAACCCCCCAACACAAGGUGCUGGAGUCCCUGUCCCUUCAGAGCCCUGUCGGCAUGGCAACUCUGUCUGACAGCCCUGGUGGGAAAGGCCUGUGUGUUAGUCCCGCCCCCAGUGGCGAGGAGAGGCGUGGCCGUCGGUCCCUGAGCACACGGAAGACUCCGGAACAGAGGGAGAAACGCAAAGAGGCCAUGAUGACAUCAUCACGCCAAGAGGAGAACUGCCAAGUGCAGUAACAUAGCAACUAACUAACCUGUACAGUCAUUACCAGCAGUAGAUGCCAGUAACACCUCAGCCCAAACCAAUGCGAUGACAGAAUACUGAUGUCAGAAUGUCUGAAAUAGCAGACCUGUAAGCUGCAUUACUAAUGUCAUUUAUCUGCUGUCUGUGGUACAGUAGUACAGAUGGAAUGUGAUUCUCCAAUGUGAGCUGUAGAUAUUAAAUGUUUCUGUGUUUUGUUCUGAACCUGUUUUAUACUUUCUAUUCCUCCUGAUUUACUACUGCUGUUAAUAGCACAACAAUAAAAAAUAAAAAGCUUUUAUAGGGCUGGUUUUCCAGACCCAAAUGAAUCCUACUGGACUAGAAAGCAUGCCUCGAUGGAGAAUCUCCAUGCCAUUGGAACUUAAUGUGUGUCUGUGGAAACUAGCCCAUAAAGUCGUAUAGGAUAAACUCCAAUACCUAGUUCUGUAGCGUUACGGGUCUUUUCUGUGUCAAUAACUAAUAAUUCCACUUCACUCCAGCUCAUUGGUUGUUCAUAAUGAUAUAACUGCUGUUUUACUAAACUUUGUAAUCACA